GGGAGCAGUCGUGCGUCGGCGGGGCUGCUGCUGCUGCUGCUGCUGAUCGAGUUGCGGCUGCUACGGCACGGAGCAAGCGGAGCAAGCGGAGCGCUCCUCUCCUCCUCGCCGAGUUUGAUCCGCGCCGGUGGCGGCGCUCGCUCUCUGUGACUUCGCGACCGGCGUCUUCUCUCCAACCGCGUCCUCGGGAUAAAUUGGUUCACGUGGUCGGCGACGCACGUGCAAGGACAUCGGAGCACGGUUUGGGAAGCACCGCUCAGCACUGACGCACCUUUGCAGGCGAGGAGAGGCGAGACAUGCCGAUUGCGGGCGGCCAUGCUGCCGGUGCCGCCGGGCUGCUCGCAGGUGCUGCUCGCGCUCGUGACGGUGGUGCUGCCCGUGCUGGAGAGCAGCGCCAUGGGCUGCCCCGCGCGCUGCGAUUGCUCCGCGCCUCUGCGCUCCGUCGUGUGCCACCGCCGCAAACUGGUGUCCAUCCCCGAGGGCAUCCCCACCGAGACGCGCCUCCUCGACCUGAGCAAGAACCGCCUGCGCGCCCUCUCGGCCGGCGACUUCGCGAGCCACGGCCAGCUGGAGGAGCUGCAGCUCAACGAGAACGUCAUCGCCGGCGUCGAGCCGGGCGCCUUCGGCGGGCUGCCGCACCUGCGCGCCCUCGGCAUGCGCGGCAACCGCAUCAAGCUCAUCCCGCCCGGCGUGUUCGCGGGGCUCGGCAACCUGACGCGUCUCGACGUGAGCGAGAACAAGAUCGUGGUGCUGCUGGACUUCGCCUUCCGCGACCUCCGGCGGCUGCUCGAGCUGCGCGUCGGCGACAACGAGCUGGUGUACGUGACGCGGCACGCCUUCGCCGGCCUCGCGGCCCUCCGCGAGCUGGCGCUCGAGCGCUGCAACCUGACGUCGGUGCCCACCGAGGCGCUGGCGCAGCUGCACGGGCUCUCGUCGCUUCGACUGCGCCACCUGGGCAUCGCCGCCGUCAAGCCGCACGCCUUCCAGCGCCUGCCGCGCCUCCGCUCGCUCGAGAUCGACCACUGGCCCCUGCUGGAGACGCUCGGCGCCGGCAGCUUCUCGUCGCUCAACCUCACGUCGCUCUCGGUCACCAACACGAACAUCACGCAGGUGCCGCGCCUCGCCCUGCAGCCGCUCGUGCACCUGCGCACGCUCGACCUGUCGUUCAACGCCAUCGCCAGCGUCGAGGCGGGCGCCUUCGCGACCCUGACGCGGCUGCGCGAGCUGCGCAUGGAGCGCCUGGGCCUGCUCGUCCUCGAGCCGCGUGCGCUGCAGGGCAUCGAGCAGCUGGGCCUGCUCAACCUGUCCGGCAACGGCCUGCGCACGCUGGAGGAGGGCGCGCUCGAGUCGCCCGGCCUCCUGGAGGUGCUGCGGCUGGACGGCAACCCGCUGGCGUGCGACUGUCGCCUGCUCUGGGUGGUGGCGCUGAACCGGCGGGGCGGGCUGAGCUUCGACGGCAGCGAGCCGUCGUGCGACACCCCGGAAGCCGUGAGCGGUGCCGAGUUCGCCGACCUCCCCGAGCCGCUGCCCAAGGGCUACUUGGCGUGCCGGCGGCCGCGCAUCUCCCCUCGCCGGACCCAGCAGCUGACGGCCGUCGAGGGCCAGGCGGUGCACCUGACGUGCCGAGCCGAUGGCGACCCGGCGCCCGACGUGGCGUGGCUGGCGCCGUGGAAGCAGCGGGUGACGGCGCGGCGGUCGACGGGCCGCCUGGCGGUGCUGCACGACGGCACGCUGCUGAUCCGCCGCGCGCAGGCGUCGGACGGGGGCCCUUACGUGUGCGUGGCGAGCAACGCGGGCGGCAACGACAGCGCGCGCACGCUGCUCUCGGUGCGCGGCUUCUCGCCGCAGCCGCUCUACAUCAACGAGACGGCGGCGGGCGCGGGGGCAGGCGGCGCCGCCGCGGCCGCAGCUGCCGCCUCCGCCAACAGCAACAGCAACAACAACGGGUCGGCGGGCGAGGAAGAUGACGUGUGGGGCCUCGGGAUGUCGCACGGAGACAUCAAGACGGUGCUGGUGGCGAUCGCGAUCGGCUGCCUCACCUUCCUUGGCGUGGUGCUGCUCUGCCUGCUCGUCGUGUUCACGUGGAGUCGCGGGAAGGGCAAGCACAGACAGAGCGUCCACAUCACGUACGUGCCCAAGAGGCAGGCGGGCAGCGCCACGCCCCAGGCCGGGGCACAGCCGCACCAGCGGAUUUUUAUGAAAAUGUUUUAG